GCGCGGAAAUGUGAUACUAACUAAGUGGUUACACCCGUGCUAACGCCAAAUUUUUUUCCCGCGUUCAGUGACUCUUUACCUUCCGUGUACGUCAUUAGUCGUAGCUACUCGAGUCGUGACACAAAUUGAGAGCACCUGCGCUCGAGUUUGCAGCACAGAGAUGAGGGGCAGUGUCGCUUCUCUCUUUAGACGUCGCCAUUCGUCUCCUGCGGUUCCUGGUUUGAUGGUAAACGAGCGUGUAGCUGUGGGUGGAUGCGGCCGAAGCCUUUCCGGGUCGUCGCUGGAUGAGACAGAUGAAGAGGAUGAAGGAUUAGAAGUUUUUGAAGAUGAGGAAGAAGAAAUCGAACAAGUACAUCAUUGUCAACAUGAUGGUUGUCGCAGAAACAACUCUAUUGCAAUGGUUUGUCAUAAUCUGGAUUGCCAAAUCAGCAACAACAACAAACCCUUACAUCUAUGUGGCUUCUGUGACAAGGAAGUCCAUCAAGGAGAGAAAAGCCUUCACUGCAGAUUCGAGGUGGAAGCUCCUAAAAAGACAGAGGAGAGAAUGAGUGGGGAGUUCUCUGAUCUGGACUCUGAUCUUUGUACUCCUGACUUGAGCAAUAAUGCUAAUCUAGUCAUACAUCCUGCAAACUCACUGACUGGUUCACGAAUGGCUGCUACCAGACAAAAGAAGAAACAGAGACGACACAACACUGAUGAGCCUGGGAAGGAAUGGUUUGCUCUAAAAAUAUCAGAAGACAGUGCACCAGAAGUGAUUCCGAGUUUGAAAGGGAAAACGCUAAGGGAGGUGUUGCAGCCUGCGUUUGCAAGACAUCAGAUAGCAUUCUCGGAUGUACAAGUUUACAUUCGGAGUUCCCAGUCGCCACUCAGUUACGAAAGCGACACAUACUGUCUGGGUGGACAGCAUCUUUACCUAGAGUUUGCGAGCACUGAUAUUGAAAAGAAGGUACGUAGAAGUAGAAGUAAGAGUGUGUGGUCACGAAUGAGGUCAUUCUCAAUGAAGAGCAAAGGUGACCAUCACCACAAGGUCAAUGAGCGACUCUUCAAGGACGUUCACCGCUGGGAAGCGCGGAAAUCGAAGACGAUGAUGGAGAUAGACGACCAAAUCAGACGCAGCAACAGCGUUCCGAACGGCCCACGCUCUGCCACAAACAGGAAGGAUAUGAGACAAUACCUUGGUCAUAGUUCAUCUCAAGAGGAGUCAACCAGCCAACAGGCAGUGAAUGGGGACAUUGUGGAUGGUACCGCGAUCGAAUUCAAAGGGAUGAUGUCAAGAAAUCGGAGCAGCAAAGUGCAUGCUCUACUCGGAUCGGCGUUUACUAAUACGGCUCAACGGACACUCGAAGAGCAGCUGCAGUUUUUCUCUGUGUAUGGAUUGCCGGUUGUUGAUGGAGUAAAGAAAGGCAAUGAGGAGGAGACGUUGCAGUUGAAACCUUGGAAAGAUCUUGUAAGCGGAUCCGACAAAAUCAGCAAACGAGAGAGAAACCAGCAGGAAGCAAUAUGGGAGUUGAUCUGCACAGAGUUGUCGUACUACCAACGAGUCAAAGCUUUUUAUGAAGUAUUCUAUGCAACACUCGUUGAACUACAGAAAGAAAAAUUUCUGAAAAAUGUCAAUCUUGAUCAUCUAUUUGCAAAUGUCAGAGAUGUCUACGAAUUGUGUAGCUCAUUCUGGGACAACAGCCUUUAUCCUUUGUACAAACAGUGUCAACAGAACAAGUUCAGACUUCACCCAUUCCAGAUUAUAGAUGUUUUUGAUAUGUUUGAGGAUCGAUUUUAUCCAUACGAAGAAUUCUGUGUACGAGAGAGAGAAUGCACUGCUUAUCUUACAACACUGAAGAAUGAGUCUCCAGACUUCAAAUUGUAUCUUGAAUGGUGUGAAAAGCGCCCUGAAUGCAACAGGAUGCAUCUAAUCGACUUCAUCAAACAACCAAGAAACAGACUAGCUCAAUAUCCCCUCCUAUUGAAAAGAAUGGAGCAACAGACGGACGACGAUGAGACGACAGACAGACUAACUCGACUUAUUGAUCGUAUGGAGGGUUUUCUCAAUCAAGUGAAUUCGGCGUUGGCUCAUCUGGAGCAGGUGGAAAUGCUGCACGACAUCAUGAGCAAGCUGGAUGGAUACUCUGGCAUUGAGAUUCCGGCCGAAUAUGAGAAGUAUGUCUCAGAUGUGUUGACAUUAAAUCUUCUGUCUCGUAUGCCGGACGUUCCCGACGAUCGCUUGAGACAACUUUUUCAUGAGGGAGACUUACGACUGAAAGACAGCUCAACGAGGGAUGUCCGUGGGUAUGUGUUCACUGACAUGUUGUUGUUGACGACGAGAUCAAGAAAGGGAGGCAAAGUGAAGAUUGUUCGUCAGCCAUUUCGAGUUGAUAGAAUUCGAUGUGAGAGACUAAGAGAUUCCGGAUCAUUUCUUCUUGUCUAUUUGAGUGAGUAUUUCUUGCCCAUUGCUUUUGUUCACCUCCAAACUCUGAAUGGAGAGCAAUCUAAAGUGUGGAGCAACGCAAUUGAAGCUGCCAAGAAUGCAUAUUUGCAUGCUCAGCAGGGUGAAGAAGUCGCUCCUCCUAAUGCUCUUUUUUUUCGUCCGCAUCUCUCUGCAUCAUCCUUCAGCUCUGGUCUCUCUAUGCCACGAGACCUCAGCCGACCUUCGACUCCAUCACCGUUUUCAUCUCCAGGAGGCUCUCCUCCUCCCAGAAGAACGACAACACUCCCAGCAAUAUCUCGUACUUCAAACAACAGAAUGGUGCCUGCAAAUCUUUUCUUUUCGAUUCCGAAGAACUCGCCGUCAUUACCAUCUCUUCGUGUAUCGAGCCCAUCUCACACAGUCAAUCAAGUAGAUGGCACCAAGCAGCGUCGCUCGUUUCCAGAAACGACAUCAAAAGCUUGCUUGAAUCCACAAACACGAACUCAGAGCGUUUCCGAAUCGAAUCUCGAUCAGUUGAUAGACAUGCUGCCCGCCACACCAUGUGAUGAUGAUGAUGAUGAUGAUACGACGAAUCACAGCCAGAAAUGUGUGAUUGGAAGCAGCAAGAGUGCGGACAACUUAGACACCAUUUCGAAAUCGUCUAGUUUUCGCUGGCGGUCACAGACGAUUAGCUACACACCUUCACCUCCAGUGACAAGAAGACGGGCGUCUGCCUCAGUGUCGUUCGACACGAGGUCUUGCUACAGUUUGGACAAUCUGGUCUGCAAUCAAUUGGAGACACUACAGGAAGAAGAAAGAAAGCGAGAGGUCCAGAGUCUGUCGCCGAUGUCACACCGAAAGUUUAUGUGGCACAAUCAAGAGAUCACACUCAAUACAUCACAUGUGUGAGCCGAUGCAUCUCGAUUAUAAGCAUUUUCAUCAAGACAUUUACAAGCUACAAUAACCAUUGAUAUUAAUUGUUACAAAUGAGGUAAUAUUUCUAUAGAUUUUUUAGUGUCAAUUUGCAGAGUAGAGCGUAAGAUAACUUUUGUGUUUGUUGAUGCAAACUAAAUAAUUCGAUUCAUUACUGCUGCUGCAACAGCAACUUGUUGGAUUGUUUCUGCAGAGAAAUGGAUUUCUAUCAGACUAAAUGUAGACACAGUACGUGCAGUCAUGUGUAGAAUGUAAAGAGGGUGUUGUCAUGCACUUACAUGUAAACAUGUAUUUCAUUGUCAAAACUCA